AAGUACAAUUUACCCCGAAAUUACAUGCCAAACACAACCUAACUUUCCAUAGGGUAUCGUAUCAAAGUUUCAAUACUCGCGAGCCGCACGCAUGUCAUGUAAUUUCCCAGUUAGCCAUUCAAGCUGACGACGUCGUAGACCCACCACCAGACCAGAGCUCCAAGAAGAAGAACAACAACAAGAAGAAGGAGGAGGCGGGAAGGAAGGAAGAAGAGGCACCUAUCGAUUCUCAGUGAACGAAACAGUUCGAUGAAUUGAUCCGUGUACAAGUUUAAUCCAUAAAAAAUACGUGGGAUGGAUAAAGAUAACGACUUCACCUUUUGUCAGGUUGGUUCGGCUAUGGACCAAGAUGGUUUUGAGGCACAGAAUUCUGUCCCUGAUAUUAGUGGUAUCACUAUAAAAGACGAAUUCUCAAACAGCGCUGCUAGUAAUCAGGAUGGUGGGUUUUCAUUGAGAGAGAGUUCUCUGGAAAAGCCUGCUUCAAACAAACAGGAAACAGUUGGUUCUUUGUCUUUUAAUGUCAUUGAGACUUCGCCUCCUAUUCGAUUGAGUGAAUUGUCAAGACAGUCAACAUCACAAGAUGCUGGAAAUUCAUUUAAAGCUCCACAAGAGCAGAAAAUUGUAGCAAGGAAGCCUGCACCUCGGGCAAAGGUUCCUUUUGAGAAGGGUUAUAGUCAAAUGGACUGGCUUAAGCUUACUCGGACGCAUCCCGACCUAGCAGGAUUGAAGGGACAGUCAAAUAAGAGGCUUGUUUCUAUGAAUGAAGUCAAGCAACACCAAACCGGAGGGGCAAUGUGGACUGUUCUAAAAGGCCGCGUAUACAACUUGUCUCCAUACAUGAAAUUUCAUCCUGGAGGUGUUGAUAUGUUAAUGAAGGCUGUGGGAAAAGACUGCACUUCUUUAUUCAGUAUCCUUUGCUGGAUUAGAUUCUAUUUAAUGGUCUCUGGAGUUUAUAAAAAAAUAUUGUUUGUUCAUGUUUUCUUUUAUGCAGUUAAUAAAGUCUUUCAUCCUGAAUAUACAGUUUGUCACUUUUUAUCAUCAUCAUUCUAGGCUUCAUUUGUAACAGUGGAUAUAUUACUGAAAAAAUUAUGAUGUCUUUCAGUUAGCUUUUUGAAAACAAAUUCUUAAUGGUAUUUUAUUUUUAAAUCUUCCAUAGGGGAAGUGUGCUGUAGAAAUAUUUUUGGCUCGAAAGUGAAGGAAAAAAAUCACGGGCCGUUUGUAAUGUGAUUUUAAUCUAUAUUUCCCAUCCAUGAAGUAAUUUGUGUUGCGAAAAUUGCAAUGAUUAGAUGAUUUUAAUCUAUAUUUUUUGGUUUUUUGUUAGUAAUUUGUGAAACUAAUAAUUUUCCCCCAAGGAAAUCUCCUUUUCAGCUUGGUCAGUUUCAUCUCACAAGCUCUACAUACACUAUUCUUUUGGUUAUGUCUGUAUUUUGUGUAUUUUUCGAUUUUUAAAAUUUGGCACUCAUGAGAAUUGCUGCCCCUUAACAUUAUUUUUAGACAAGUACCAUGCUUGGGUGAAUGCUGAAUUCUUGUUGGAGAAGUGUCUUGUAGGUCUUUUAGAUGAUAGCCAUUGAAGUAGCCAAAGUUCCAUUAAUAAAGUUGUCUGCAUACUACCAAGCUGAUGGAUGUACAAUUCCUUUGAGAAUAUUGAUUUGAUUUGUAGAACUGAAUGUAAUCAUGGAUGUAAUAAUUUACACUACUCUUGACUUUAAAAUUUUUUUACUGCUCUUUGGAACUUUUGAUGUUGCAUUGCAAUGCAUUUUUGUGAUGAAUCCAACCAAGCUAUGAAUGUAAUUAUAGAAACUUCUGA